AUGAGUACAAGCACUGCUUCUUCUGCAAUUAUUGCUGAACAUCUCUUGGUCACAGACUGGCCAUCUGCCAGCAGUUUGGUUGUCGGCUCAGGGGAGUUGCAUCGAGGAGCUUUCGCCAAAAGAGCUUCGCUUUAUCUUGUACGGCUACUACCACAGCUACGACUACCAUUGUCGAAUACCAUAGACCGAGUCACUGAGAUACACGGCCAGUUGCAUACGAAUGUAAGAGUUUUUCCCAGCGAAGAAGUCUUUUUCUGGUGUAAUAUAGAAAUGGGAUGGUGGACAAAUCUUGGAAAGGACGACAGGGAGCGAUCAAAAGCUUUCGACAUGCUCUCACAGGCCAGGAUGGAUUGGGCGGUCUUCGCUCGCAUAGCCCUCGGAAGAGCCUUGAGAGAUGUACGGGCUUAUGUACUGAAUCCGGUAAGAGCUAAACUCCUUCCUCCAAAGAAGAAGCGUGUGAUCGAGACUACGGCAAGCAGCUCUUCUGCUGCCAAGGAAAUAGAAAAGACCAGCCCCGACGAGUUUUAG